UCUGAUGGUGCAGGUAUAAGCGACCGUCGAUGCUAUGACUACUGGAGCCACAAUCCUGAACAGGCAGCCAUCGCAAGCUCCCAGAAGAAAGCGGAGACGAACGUUUGUGGACUCGUCGACUUCCUUCACAGAAUUGGUGGCUAUACUCUUCGAUGACGAGGAAGAUGCAGUUGUGGUGGAGGAUGCGAUCAGAGGUCUGUUUCGACAAGCGAGUGAGAACCCAAACAAGUGGCAGAUCCCGGAGUUUCCAGAUGCCUUGGCAGGUCUGGUUCGACUUCUGUUCAAGGAUGAGCUGCCAGAGCUUCAGAAGAACGCAGCUUGGGCUGUGGCGAAUCUGGCCUCAUCCCAUGCUCAGAAGAACAAGGUGAAGCUGGCGAAUUUCCCUCAGGUGCUGCAAGGGCUGGUGAAGCUUUUGCACAAAGAUGAAGUCCCGGGUAUACAAGAAGAAGCAGUCCGAGCAUUGAGAAACCUCGCUUGCGAGCAGAGCAACAACCAGCUCAUCUCUCAGUAUCCUCAAGCUCUGUCGAAUCUGCUGAGGUUGCUGUCUGACGGCGAUGGCAGCCCUGAGGUGCAGAUGCAGGCAACUAUGGCUGUCAUGAACCUGCUCGGAAAUUCGGUGGCCAGCAGGUCAGAAGAUCAAGGCAGGAUCAUCAUCGACAACAAUAACAACAACGUCACCAAAACGCACAUCAUGGCCUAUCCCGAUGCGCUGACAGGAAUCAUUAAACUUUUGUUCGAAGAUUCAAGCCUCGAGCUGCAGGAGCAAGCAUCACAUGCCCUCGUUGAUCUGGUCGAGAACACUCUCGUCAACAGGGAAGCGUUAGUAGGUACCUCCGCUGCUGGCAAAGGCAAUGUGGAGAAGCUAGCGGAAUUCCCUGAUGCACUGGCAGAGUUACAUCGACUUUUCUCGUAUGAUCCGCAUCAUAAUCUCCCGCCUGGCUGAUUCAUUAUUCCUACCCUGAACCGCCCUCCUCGUCCUCCUCCAUAUCAGCAGAGGUCCCUGAAUCCGAUCUGUACCAACUAGUCUCUGCUUGCCCAUCAAACUUUCAAUCAUGUCCGAUCUUUUUACAGGAAAGUUUGGCUGCAGCUCCUCGAGAAAAGGUGAUAUCUUCGAGCAUUCAGCAAGUCACUGUCCUCUCAUAAAGCACGAGUCUCGAGCGUUGGAGGAGUAUCACUUCUAUUGGUUUGACUCUGGUCGGUCAUUAACUGAAGCUCUCCACUUCGGAGCAGCGGCCAAAUUGAGGUCUUGAGAUACUGCACAUCCCUUCAAUCGUACCUUUCAUUGCGCUCGCGGGAGAAAGCCGGGCAAGUCAAGUCCCUCGGGAACCGCAUCAAACAUCGGAGAAAAGCUUCGGACGAACAUGGUUCAGUGACUGCCAGAUUUCAAAUGUCAGAAGCAUUCGAAACAUGGGCUGGACCCGAUUCUGUCCGACUUCCCACUUUCCAUCAGGCGCAUGCUAAAGACACUUUCACCAUUCAGACAUUCCGAGGGAGCGCACUUUUUUUCCUACUGAUGUCUCGUCCGGUUCCAAAAUGCACACGCUUUCGUCUUCCCCUUUUGCGCUUUUCGACUGCAGCUCGAACUUGAGAUUGAGAAUCGCGCUCUCCUCGGAUUGCCGUGUUUGCUCUGCAGCUGUGAAAGACACCCUCCGACCAUCUCCAAAAUCCGCUCUGCUCUAAUCUCCUCUUCUCUUUUCCUUUCAUCACUCGGCUCACUGUCGAUCCUGCAGACCAAUAAAGAAAUGAAGAAUCCCGCAGCUUCUUUCGCUUUCGUUCACCUUUCGCUCGAUGCAUGAGCUCAGCCUCGAGCGCCAGGCCCCGAGGCUUUGGUACCCGUCCCAACGACGGCAUGCGUUGAGAAGGUCAAGGUACGUGUCCCGAGAACGCUGUCCCGUCCAUUAAGUAAAGAAAGUCGCGCACUUCUCCUUUGAUUAAUUAAUUAAUUAAUUAUUGUUCCGGGGAGGCAUCUUACUCAGAGUGUACGAAAAUGGGCCUUGAAAAAGCGGCCACAAAAUAUCCCUGUUGCGUAAUCUGAUUGCACGGAAGAUAUUCGUGUUACACGCUGGAUCGAACGAAGCUAUGUCAGGGUUAUCAGGGUUAACUUUAACUUUAACUUUAACUUUGUUUUGUGGUGCUUUCCUUCCAACAAAGCAAAGAACGCAGACUUGACCCACGAGAACAAUGCAUGCCCAAGCCGAGGACGACCCGUCGACCGACUCACAGCGUAACGUUUGCUCGAGGGAGACUUCCUGAUCUAAACCCCUACUUUGACUUAACCCCCAAUGCACGAUGUUUUACGAUGCCUGUGAAAACCCAUAUUAUUACAUGGCCAAUCUUCUAUUGUUAUGCGUUU